GUCUUGUCCUAAUAAUUGUACUUGUUACUCAGACGGUUAGGCUGUGCUGAGUUGCUCUCUGGUGUUGCUGUUUGAAAAGUUGCUCUUGGCUUCCAUCCUGUCCUGCUCGUAUUUAGGGAAAAAUCAUCUGGUGUUGCUUCCACAAUUCUAAUGAGACAUCGUUCAGUAUUUGAUUAAAUUGCGACACAAGUGUUGCUCAUCAGUUUGGUUCGCUAGUCAAUCUGAGAUGCUUUGCCUGAAGUAUAAGAGAAGAAACUGGAGGAAAAAAUACGAAAGGCUACCACUUCUACCUAAAUAUGUCGUCAGAGUACGGCAAUAUGGCAAUAACGUGUGCUUGACGGUAGAAGGGGUGGAAAAAAACUUCGACAAGAUCACGUGGGAAAGAGACGGGGAGGUUUUAGAACCAAAUUCACGAAAACUACAUAUCUAUCAGGAUCUACCACACAUUGUCUCUUUAGUGAUCUAUGAUGUCACAGUUAAAGACAGCGCCACCUAUCAGUGUAUACUUAAGUCCAGACGUGAAGUGGAAACCAGUGAUGUCACUGUGUUGGACUUCAAUCCAAUAAAAUUGAUAGGACCAGCGUAUCAAAGAUGGACAGGUAUGACUAGAAAGGAAAUUCAAGCAAAAGUGAUGCAUCAACCCAUCCUUCCUCCGAACUGUCGAAACCGGAAUUCUGUCAAGUAUGACAUCAUAAUGACCUUAACGAAGACCACAGAAUACAGGAAUGAAAGUUUUUUCACACAAACGACAGAGACGGACAUGAGGAGGGCAUUCCAUUACGGUGUCCUCCUGAGCAAAAACUCCCGACUCCGCUGGAGGACCCUCAACGGUCCCUCUGUACUGAAUGACAUCUACCAGCGUUUCCAUAAUACUACCAUACGUCCCAAGACUCCUAAAGAAUGUAGGAAACGGUGUGCAACGAUAGCAAGUCUCAAAUGUACAGAGAGGCACGUGACUUUUGUCUCCCCUGACGUAGAAUACGCAACGCUCUGGAAUUUCCUACAGACUGGUUGCGUCACCAGCAAGAUGGCGACUUUGUUGGAGUGCAGAAAUUUAUCGAUAGUGAAGAGAUAUUUACGAAGUGAUAAACACAUACCCGGAGAGAAUGAACGAUGCGUCUGCUUACCUGCUGUGUAUCGACAAAAGCUUCAAGAAAGACUUAUAGAAUGGGAAAAAUGCCACCAGAAAUCAAAAUCUACCUGAUAAAAUUUUUACAAAGACAUGAUGUUUUAAUGAUGUUUCAAACGUAUUGUACAGUUCAUUUUAAUCAUUUCCCUAAAUCAUGUGAAGGUAUUUAAUGUUUAUGAUGCCCUUUUGGAAAUUUAUGUACAUUAUUAUUAUCAUCCAACAUCUGUUACAUGUUCAGUUAUCAGAAUUUGCUUUGGACAUUUCAUAGAUUAUAACAAAAGCAAUUAGUGAGGAUGUAGUUUCUAGUAUUUCUACAGUUAUUUAGACUUGUAACGGAACCUGCUAUCAGACCCGCUUUAGGUACUGGAGAUAUCUUGCGUCAUAUUCAAUUCAAAUAAAUAUUAUACAUUUACGUGUAGAAAUGUGUGUAAUCAGUAUACCGUUAAAUAUAUAUGAGAAAAGCUUUGAAAACGUUAGUGUUGAGAACAGCAGAGUGUGCGUAUUACUAUGUUAUAUAUAUCUAUCUAUCUAGUUCGUCUUUGUAGAGUUCACAACCUACUAUUUGAAAUAAAACCAUUCUUUGUUCAA